AUGGGUGCCUGUACCACAACUAUGAUCGUGAUUGCCACGAUCCUUGGACCCAUCACAUUAGUUUUCAUGUCCGUCUCCUUCGGGACGAACUUCUGGGUGCAGUUCACGGUCAACGUAGCAUCAUUCAACAAGACCAUCAGGGACAGGACGAGAACUGAUGUAGGCUUCGCGCGCUACCACCUGACACGUGACAGGGGCUUGUUUCGCGAGUGUUACCCUGGCAACGAAACUGAAUUCUUAGACAAAGCUACUGGUGUGGUAGACGACUACUGCUUCAACAUCAAUUACGACCAGCCAUCCAACGUCCAGAAUCCCAGCGACAGUUACAUGACCCGCUUACAUCUGAACAGAUCCUUCCUGGCAUUUUUCGUGGUGUCGAUAGCUCUGUUCGUCAUCGCUUAUAUCUUCGGCCUCAUCCUGUGCUGUCUACGAGCUGCCAGAUGGGCCUACGUAGCCGGAAUCGUCUCCUACUCCUCAGCUUUCUUCCUGGCAGCAGCAAUAGCAUUUUUCCAUGGUGCAGAAUACAUAGAGAGGAAUAAACUUAACGGGGGACCUAACUCUAACGAAGCACAGUUUUACCCCAGCUGGGAACAGUACCUCAAGGAUGCCACAACCCGCCAGUACGGAUGGUCGUACCCUUUGGCCUGGGUAGGAAUGAUCCUAGCCACAAUUGCAGCCACAUUCUACUCUCUGGCAGGUUGCUACAUCGCCAGCGAGUUCUACGAAGAUGAAGAAGUUCUCCACAAGAGCAGACACAGGAACUACCCUGGUCCUGUGGAUCCCGUGUAUGCCAUCGGGGCCGACCCCUACUACACUAAACACUAUGGGUAUCCCCGGGCCUUUUUAGGACCCUUAGCUCCAGAUUAUUAUGCCAGGACAUAUCCGGCUAUUGGCUACGGGGAUCCUAGAAAUGACAUUUGGCACUGGAGAGAGGUCGAAAGUUAG